CAGUUUCCCGGCAUCAACCGGUUAGUGGAAGACUGUGUUGUUUAACUCCCAAGGGCGAUGCGUUCUGGCGCAGCAGUCAGGGCCUGCCAGAAAGUGUGCAGGUGUCUGUUGUCUGGCUUUGGAGGUCGAGUGGAUGGGGGGCAGCCCGAGCCGUUAAUGGAAGGGAGUAGUUCCUUCGGAGUGCCCGUGAGGUCGCACGCGGAGCUGCCUCGGGGGAGCGAGCCGAUCGAAGCCCCUGAGUCCAGUGAGGGGACCGAGGAGCUGGUAGAGAUCUGUCAGAGAAGGCAUUUCUUCAGUGGCAGCAAGCGGCAGCUUAGCCGACAUUCUCUUCUGAGCGGGUGCCACCCCGGCUUUGGCCCCUUGGGCAUUGAGUUGCGGAAGAACCUGGCAGCAGAAUGGUGGUCCUCGGUGGUGGUGUUCAGGGAGCAGGUCUUCCCGGUAGAUGCCCUCCAUCACGAGCCUGGCCCUACGCUGCCUGGGGACAGUGCCUUCAGGUUAGUUUCAGCAGAAACUCUACGGGAGAUCUUGCAAGACAAAGAGCUGAGUAAGGAACAGCUAGUAGCAUUUCUUGAAAACUUAUUAAAAACUUCUGGGAAACUACGGGAGAACCUUCUUCACGGUGCUUUGGAGCACUAUGUUAAUUGCCUGGACCUGGUAAACAAGAGACUACCUUUUGGCCUUGCCCAGAUUGGAGUGUGUUUUCAUCCUGUUUCUGAUACUAAGCAGACACCUGCUGGUGUUAAAAGAAUCGGUGAGAAGACUGAGGCUUCACUGGUUUGGUUUACUUCAGCAAGAACCGCAGGCCAGUGGCUUGAUUUCUGGUUACGUCAUCGACUCCUGUGGUGGAGAAAGUUUGCUAUGAGUCCGUCUAACUUCAGCAGCAGUGAUUGUCAGGACGAAGAGGGACGAAAAGGAAACCAACUUUAUUACAACUUCCCAUGGGGAAAGGAGCCAAUAGAGACCCUGUGGAAUCUAGGAGACCGUGAACUUUUACACACGUGUCCUGGAAAUGAGUCUCAAUUACACGGCCGAGAUGGACGAAAAAAUGUGGUUCCAUAUGUUUUAUCUGUUACUGGAAAUCUGGACCGAGGUGUGCUGGCUUACCUCUACGAUUCUUUCCAGCUCACAGAGAACUCCUUUACAAGGAAAAAGAAUCUUCAUAGAAAGGUACUUAAACUUCACCCUUGUUUAGCCCCUGUUAAGGUUGCUUUGGAUGUGGGAAGAGGCCCAACGGUGGAAUUAAGACAGGUCUGUCAAGGGUUAUUUAAUGAAUUACUAGAAAAUGGAAUUUCUGUGUGGCCUGGUUAUAUGGAAACUGUGCAGUCCUCAUUGGAACAACUUUACUCAAAAUAUGAUGAAAUGAGUAUCCUGUUCACAGUUUUGAUUACUGAAGCUACUUUGGAGAAUGGGUUAAUACAUCUGAGAAGUAGAGACACCACAAUGAAGGAAAUGAUGCAUAUAUCCAAAGUAAAAGAUUUUUUGGUCAAGUAUAUAUCAUCAGCUAAGAAUGUAUAGAUUUUAAUAUUUGUGUAAUAAAUAUUCUCCUUUCCUAA